GCCUGCAAAGCACAAUUAGACAGCAAUCUUCUGUGUGUGUUUCCUUUUCCUUCAGUUUCUCGUUGCUUCGGAUAAAGCCACUUCCUUGUUUAUCUUUGUUUGUUAUUCCCACAUAGUUCUUGAAUCCCAGAAAGCCACAAAAGUACUGUAGAAUCCAAAUCAUCGAACAAAGAGAAAAGAAGGGUAAGUAUUUGAGAGGAAGUUUUGAACAAGGAGAUGAAGAACUCGGUGUCGGAUCACAGCUUUUACAUUGACAGUGAAGAAGAAGAUGAGGAGGCAAAGGACAACAGAAGCAUAGAAGAUGGGAAUGAUUCUGAUUCUUCGGGUUCGGAAGCCGAUCACGGCCAGCAGCAGCAGCAGAUUCAGCCCAGUUCUUACAACACCCAAUGGCCUCAGAGUUACAGGCAAUCCAUUGACCUGUAUAGUAGUGUGCCAUCCCCUGGCAUUGGGUUUCUAGGCACUCCUUCACUUACAAGAUUAGGAAGUUCGUUUCUUUCCUCAUCACUAACGAGAAGGCACACUCCCGAAACAUUACCUUUUUUGGCAAAACCUGCGGUACCAACCCUUGCUGAGCAGCAACAGCAGCAGCAGCAGAGACGAAGUUCUCAUUCUCUACUUCCACCAAUUCCUUCAAGGAGGUCUUCAAUAAGAAAAGAUGAUAAAUCCAAGAUUUCUCAAGACCAUCAUCCAAUGUCUCGCCACAGCUCAUUUGCACAAGCUGUGGUUAAUGGUAUCAAUGUUCUUUGUGGCGUGGGAAUUCUAUCGACACCAUAUGCAGUCAAAGAAGGAGGAUGGAUCGGGCUUUCCAUUUUGUUUAUUUUUGCAGUGCUGUCGUUCUACACUGGAUUGCUUCUGCGUUACUGCUUGGAUAGUCAACCUGGGCUUGAGACUUACCCAGAUAUUGGCCAAGCUGCAUUUGGUACCCCAGGCCGAAUCGCCAUCUCGAUAAUACUGUACGUGGAAUUAUAUGCUUGUUGCAUAGAAUAUAUAAUCUUGGAAGGUGACAACCUGUCUUCGCUAUUCCCAAAUGCACACCUGAACUUGGGUGGAUAUGAGUUAAAUGCUCACGUUUUGUUUGCGAUUCUGACCACCCUUGCUGUUCUACCUACUGUUUGGCUUCGAGACCUCAGCGUUCUUAGUUAUAUCUCAGCUGGUGGAGUUAUUGCGUCGAUUAUGGUAGUUCUUUGCUUGUUUUGGGUUGGUCUUGUAGAUGGUGUCGGCUUUGAGAGCAAAGGGACUCCACUGAACCUUGCAACUCUUCCUGUUGCUAUGGGUCUCUAUGGUUACUGCUACUCAGGACAUGCUGUAUUCCCAAACAUUUAUACUUCACUGGAAAAACCAAACCAAUACCCUUUAAUUCUCUUAACAUGCUUUUGCAUAUGUACUAUCAUGUAUGCUGGAGUUGCUGUCAUGGGUUACACAAUGUUUGGAGAAGCAACAUUGUCACAGUUUACUCUAAACAUGCCUCACGAUUUGGUUGCCACAAAGAUUGCUGUGUGGACUACGGUAGUCAACCCAUUUACCAAAUAUGCAUUAACUAUGUCUCCCGUGGCAAUGAGUCUGGAGGAGCUGGUACCGUCAGACAAGUCUCGCAUGUACUCUAUCUUUAUUAGAACAGGGCUGGUGUUCUCUACCCUGGUUGUUGGUCUCUGCAUACCUUUCUUUGGUCUCAUGAUGUCGUUGAUCGGAUCUUUAUUCACAAUGCUUGUAGCCUUGAUACUUCCUUGUGCUUGUUAUCUGACUAUCCGUAAGGAACAAGUAACUCGUUUUCAGAUGAUACUUUGUAUUAUAAUUAUUACAGUAGGGGUGGUAGCAUCUGUCUUCGGAACAUAUUCAGCUGUAUCUAAGAUCGUGGAGAAUUUGAGCAGCUGAAGUUUUUUGGAGACACUGUAUUUCUGGAACAGUGAGGGACGCCAUGAUUCUGUAUUCUAGUUUUGUGAGAGUAUUAUAUAAUCUCAUGGUGUUCGUUUGCAAUUUUGAGUUACAUCUAAAUAAGUUAUCCCUCCACCCCCCACCCCCUAUUUUCUGUAAUACAUUUCGAUAUUCACGAUGAGUACCAUCAUACAUCCCAGAUC